UCGUAGUCUUGUUGAAAUUUUCUUUGACAUAUUUUAAUAAAUAUAAUUUUUUCACCCAAAAAUUUUUAAAAUCAUAUUUGAAACCAAGAUAUGUCUGUUAAAUUGUGGGAGAAUGAAAAUCUAGUAAUUGUAGCCCUUGAUAUGCACCAAAGUCUCAUCUCUUUUAAUUGGUUUUUUGAAGAUCAAGCUGGAGCAUUAUUCUGCCAAUUAGAUGAUUCUCCAUGGGAAAUAUAAUAUAGAUACAUUACAAAAUUCUCAAUAAUAGUAUGAAUUAACUCAAUAAAUCAAAAUAAUAACGAAGCAUGUGUAGCAUAACGAAUAAUAUGUUAGCGUGACUCACUCCUACUGUCACCCUAGAAAAUGGCCAAGUGUAACCACUUCCUAGAGCGUAGUAUAGCGGGUUUGGGUUUUAUUGUCAACCCGGGUCCUAGAUGUGAUGACUACUCAGUGAAUUCUUAUUAUCUAGCAGUGAAACUUUAGUGCAAGUUCAAUUAAGCAAACAAGCAAAGCAAUUAAACGGUUGUUUCAAGUCGAGAGAGGUCACCCUGAUAUGGUUCCCCCUAGACUGCAGUCAAGCUGGAUUGCAAUUUACCAAGUUCAGUUUUAAUGAUAGUUAUACUGCGGGAGGUUCUUAAGCAGUCUGAAGUCUCGACUAAAGGUCUCCAGACCCUCUCAAUCUGAGUCCCCAACGGGCGACUAACCUCCACCAGAGUAAACAGAUUGAGGCCCUAACGAACCAAACCUCCACUACCGAAGUAAAUUCGGUACAGAAUAGUGAAUUGGCUCCUCGACUAAAGUCGCCAAUUCACUACCUUCAAUUAAGGGUGCUCUAUCAACCUAGGCAGAAAUUGUCUUUCUAGGCUAAAGCAAAAAUAACAGGAAUUUGAUCAGGAUUCAAGUCAUUCAAUCAUUGAAGCCUCAAUUGAAUAUAAUCAAAUCAUAGAAUCUGUACUUGGGUUCAUACAAUCAGACCUAACACACAAAUCUAGGGUUCUCCUUACCCAGAUGAAUGGGAAAACUACUCCAUGGAAGAGAAGCAAAAGCAGGUUCAGAUGCAAAAAUCAUGCUGUGAAGGAUGAGAAUCUGCUCCUGGUCGUCAAUCGGCACUUCUCCAAGUGUAAGCCGAGCUCCAAUGGUGAUGAAGAUCAAGCUAGGGCACUUGGGAACUCUGGUUCGUCGCUUUCUCUCUCUAGGAAUCGCUUUCUUUCUCUAAAACUCGGAACUCCCUUCUCCUCUGCUGAAAAUUGGCUUAAAACCAGAAAAUCCCGACUCACACGGCCGUGUGACAUCCCCAGCUGCCUGUGUGAGUUGUGCAAACUGCAGCGUUUUGAUAAGUGGCUUCAGGCUUCCUACACGGCCACGACCCACACGGCCGUGUGGCUUCCCAAGGUGCCCGUGUGAGUUCCCUGGAAUUUCCACACGGCCAUCAGAGGUCCCCUACACGGCCGUGUGGCUUUUAGGCAUGCCCGUGUGGCUUCUCAGCUUCUCGCUAAACUUCCAAACUUCGUCCAAUCGACCCCGAACUCGUUCCUAAACCUUCAUUCACGUACUAGGACCUGAAAUAUCACAAACAAGAACAACCUAGCGUGAAAUCGGCCUAAAACGCGAGAAUCGACAUCUCAAACGGCUCAAGGAUAGGGGUAAAAACAUGUGUAAUCAAUGGUCUAUCAUAGCGACAAAGAAUUUUUUUUAUUAGAAUUAUAUAAUUCUCUCAACACGGUUUUAUCGAAACCAAUGAAAUCAAAAGAUGUAA